AUGGCGUUCCGUGUGGAACACUGCAGAAAAGCGGCCGAGUUCUUCAUCAAAUUCAGUACGUCAUCUGAAUCCCUUCUGCUUUCCAUUUCGAUCUGACUCCUCACAGGUUCUGGCUCGAAAGCGUAUCUUCAAUACGCCGAACUUCCGAAUCGUGUGCUCGAUUUCCAGCACACAGUAACUCCAGAAGACCAGCAAGGCAAGGGAGUCGCCCGUGUUCUCGUGAAGGAGGGACUCAAGUACGCCUCGGACAACGACUAUCUGGUGCAGCCGACUUGCUGGUACGUGGCAAAGUACCUUGACGGAAGCAGUGCGACCGCGGAGGAGAAGAAGCUGGAUAUCCGUCACAAACUGUAAAAAACUCGCGUGUACAAUGUUCUGUUAAAUAAUGAAAAAUAAAGAGUUUGUUUGUACCGGAAAUUUGAACAAACUCGCUCGUGUUUUCCACAUUUGGUGCAGGUCUUCAGGUCAUCCGGCUAAGCAAAUAAAGUUGGGAAUGUAUAAAUUGCUCUCGAAAUUCUGGAAUGGCAUCAGAAUGUAUUCUCUUUUCCUCAUCGCCUCCGUCUUUUCGAUGACUCUUUCCCAGAGAGGUAAAUAAGGAAAGGUAAAGUAUCCCAGAGGUUCCAUACUGAUUUUCAGCCGUUCCGGGAUGGCAUCCGCCCCCACAGACCUACCAGCAAACUCUCCAAAGCGUGCGAGUUCCUCCUCAGGUCCAAUUGGCUUCCAACGGAUCCACUGGACAACUGAGAGUGGCCGGAAGGAUCCCUUCCCAGAUCGGAUCCUCCAUGAAUGCACUCAGUGGAAGCAUCGGAAGUGAGGUCGGAAAAGGAGUCGGAAAGAUCGGAGCGGGCUUCGGAGAGAUUCCGAAGGCGAUCGGGAAGGCGGCUGGAAGUGUCGGCGACGCUGUGGGCGGAGGCAUCGGAGGAGUGGCCGACAGCGGACUGAACGAGGGAGUCCGAUUGGCCGAAUCGGUGGGAGACACUGUGCGCCAGGUGCCGGAAGCCGCCAAGCAGAUCGUGAGUGGAUUGGCGAAGGGAAGUCAGAGACAGAAAAGGCAAGCGAAGGCGUUGGGGCAGGUUCCGGCGGCCACGGAACUCGUGGCCAUCUACAAUGCGCUCAAGAACUUGGUGACGGCGAACAAGGCAACUUGCGCGGUAGUCGAGAUUUCAAAGGAUCUUUCCGCACGCAAGUCGCAGCUCCCGGAAUCUAUUACCAAAUGUGAGUCUCAUAAAAUGGCAUUGACAAUAGUGCAAUCCCAGACGAAAGCGUCUUUUCGACUAUUGAUUCCCUUCUCGAAUCGGCUUCCUCUUCGUGCGAGAGCGUCGAUUCGUCCGCUGAAGUUCAGAAGGCAUUGGAAGGAGCGAGUGGGGAUAUCUCGCAAAUUGGAUCUUUCUUCUGA